CUGAGUGUCACGGAUGGGGUUGGUGACCACGGAGACUUAAGAGUUGCAGCCGUGCAGCUGGCAUGCUUGCCUCGGUUUCUCCCGUAAAAUGGGAUGGUAAUUUAAAACGACACUCAGCUGGUAGUGGUGGCGCACUCGGUAAUCCCAACACUCUGUAGGCUGAGGCAGAAAGAUUGCUGCGAAUUUAUUGUUGGCCAGCCUGGUGUACGAAGUGAGUUCUGCGACAGAGUGAGACUAGGUCUGAAUACACACACUCACACUCGUGAGCCUUGUUUUAUGAACUAUAAAGCGAAUAUUAAAACGGAAAAACCGAAAAGUCAGUUCGUGCUUUCAGUAUUUGCCAUCAGUAAUAAAUUAGGUUCGUGUGUUUUGGGACAGUCUCUUCCACCUGUGAGAUUUAUGUGUGCUUGUGCCACUGAAGACAGGCGAAGACCCCUUCUGACUGCUUAGUAAUUGGUUGCUUUUGUUAGUCUUCACUCUGUAUGUUAGAAUCUAUGAACGGCAUCGGGUGACAAAAGAGGGGACUUUGCUUUUUUUCUUUUUGACUUGUUCUAGCUUGAUCUUGUGUAACACCAGCACUGCUCACCGAACACUACGAAGUCACGCUUCCAGCCUUCCACAUAGCCAUCAGCGUGUCAGCUGGUGAACUUCCAGGCUCUCAGUUGGAAUAAGCAUCAGAGAGCAUGCGUAGGCCCCUGUGCUCUCCUAGGAGUCCAGUGUAGGAUCAGUGGAGCAUAGGGUGCAGGUUCAGACACUGUAUCACAGGACUGCGUUCCCAUCCAGGAACUACGACUUUGGGCAAGUUGUCUGACUACUACAGACCUCAGCUUUUUUCAUCUGAAGAGUUUACCUGCCUAUAGGGUAAAGGCAGAUGGUCUGUGGGAAGUACUUAAGAUGGUGUCUUGCUUAGCCGUGGAAUGUUGAGUAAACAUCAGGUAACAAUGGCAGUGCAGGCAACAGUACUAUGACAUGGACUGCGAUGGUGUUCCAGGCUCCAGGAGUAGAAGGGCAAAACCAAGAAGCCAUGGGAGGAAGAGAUAGCCAGACUGAGAUUUGUCCACACCAGGUCAUGAAACGAGUGCGCACGGAGCAGGUUCAGGUGGCAGUGUCCUGCUACCUCAAACGCCGGCAGUACGUGGACUCAGAAGGCCCUUUGAAGCAAGGCCUGAGACUCUCACAGACCCCUGAGGAGAUGGCGGCCAACCUCACAGUCCAAUCAGAAUCUGGUUGUGCCAAUGCGGUGUCUGCAGCCCCUUGCCAGGCAGAACCCCAGCAAUAUGAAGUACAGUUUGGACGACUGAGGAACUUUCUCACUGAUUCUGACUCCCAGUACAGCCAUGAAGUUAUGCCUCUCCUCUACCCUCUCUUUGUCUACCUCCACCUCAACCUGGUCCAGAGUGGCCCCAAGAGCACCGUGGAAAGCUUCUAUAGCCGCUUCCAUGGAAUGUUCCUGCAGAAUGCAAGUCAGAAGGACAUCAUCGAGCAACUGCAGACCACGCAGACCAUCCAGGAUAUUCUGUCAAACUUCCAGCUUCGUGCAUUCCUGGACAACAAGUAUGUGGUCCGUCUCCAGGAAGAUAGCUACAACUACCUUAUCCGCUACCUCCAAAGCGACAACAACACUGCCCUGUGCAAGGUGCUCGCCGUGCACAUUCACUUGGACGUGCAGCCUGCUAAGAGGACAGACUACCAGCUGUAUGCCAGUGGUGGCUCCUCCCGCAGUGAAAGCAGCAGCCUGGAGCCACCAGAUGUGCCCAACCCUAUCCUGCAGAACGAGGCUGCCCUGGAGGUCUUGCAGGAGAGUAUCAAGCGGGUCAAGGAUGGACCUCCCUCCCUCACCACCAUCUGCUUCUACGCCUUCUAUAACACAGAGCAGCUGCUGAAUACCGCAGAGAUCUCCUCUGACAGCAAACUGCUGGCUGCUGGGUUUGACAACUCCUGCAUAAAGCUCUGGAGCUUGCGGUCCAAAAAACUGAAGUCAGAGCCCCACUGUGUGGACACAUCCCGUGUCCGGCUGGCUUGUGACACUCUGGAGGAGGAGGAGAGCGAAGACGAUGACGUAGGCACGGAAAUGAAGAUUCUGCGGGGACACUGUGGCCCAGUGUAUAGCACACGGUUCCUCGCGGACAGCUCAGGGCUGCUCUCUUGUUCUGAAGAUAUGUCCAUCAGGUACUGGGACCUGGGGAGCUUCACCAACACUGUGCUGUAUCAGGGACAUGCCUACCCUGUGUGGGACGUGGACAUCAGCCCCUACAGCCUGUACUUUGCCAGUGGGUCCCAUGACCGUACCGCCAGGCUGUGGUCUUUUGAUCGGACGUACCCGCUGAGGAUAUAUGCGGGGCACCUGGCAGAUGUGGACUGUGUCAAAUUCCACCCCAACUCAAACUACUUAGCUACUGGCUCCACUGACAAAACUGUUCGUCUAUGGAGUGCCCAGCAGGGGAACUCAGUGCGGCUUUUUACAGGUCACCGAGGCCCCGUGCUCUCCCUCUCCUUUUCUCCCAAUGGUAAGUACUUGGCAUCUGCUGGUGAGGACCAGCGGUUAAAGUUGUGGGACUUGGCCUCUGGGACACUUUUUAAAGAACUGAGAGGCCACACGGACAGCAUCACCAGUCUGGCCUUUAGCCCGGACAGCGGUCUGAUUGCUUCUGCCUCCAUGGACAACUCUGUACGCGUCUGGGACAUCAGAAGCACGUGCUGCAACACACCAGCUGACGGCUCUUCUGGGGAGCUUGUGGGCGUGUACACUGGGCAGAUGAGCAACGUCCUGAGUGUACAGUUCAUGGCCUGCAACCUCCUCCUAGUGACUGGAAUCACACAAGAGAAUCAAGAACAUUAAGUUUUGAUCCAGGUGGCAGACUGGGUGGGGCUGGAAGAGUGGUCACAGUCCAGGACUUGCUAAAACUGAAUCAGUGAUUGCAAAAGAGCCUUCCCCUACCCCACAUGCACUCUACACAGCCCUGGUGCAUAAGACUCCAGUUGAGAGCUGGGAAGCUCCCCCCAGGCCUGAGGCCUCCUGCUUCAUGCAGGCAUCGUGCUUUUGCAUCUGUCUCUUCCCAGUGGGUGUACUGGACAGCUGCAGAACUCUCCCUAUAGCAGCUGUAGACAGUCUCUCCUGUGGCUGCCCCUUGAGGGAAGUGGGGACAAAACCAGGAUUUUUAUUAUAUAAUUAAUUUUAUUAUUGAGAAGAGGAAACCUAGCACUGGCAGCAAGUGACUCCUGGCACUGGCUAUAAUACUUGGAAUUUUGAGGUUCAGGGAAUUUAGACUCUGGUGGCCCAGUGUAUCAGGAGAAAGGGGCACCAUAACCAUAUGCUGUGCUUCUGUGGGCAGGCAGGCAGGUAGCGACUGAGCAUGGGCUCCUGCAGUGAUGGCGGCAGAGGUGGUUCUUCCAUUGGCUGCACUUUUGUCAGCCUUUAUACCCUGGGGAGAAGCACUGUGGUGGGCAGAGGGUGAGCCUCAGCGCUGCGCCAGUCACCUAGGGUUCCAGCCCUACACCAUCAACAAAUUAUGAUAAAGAGUAAUUUUGAAUAAGUCACAAGAUAGACAAGAAAUGCUGGAUUUAAAGAUAACUUUUUGUGGCUCGUUGGUCAUUUUUCUCCCUCAAUGACCUGCUUCCACCUCACUGCAGUGUUGAUAGUGAACGGGAUGAAUCAUGAGUGCACACUCAAAAAUAUCGACCAUGCUCUAAGGACAAAGCAAGUUCUGAUGUCUGCUAAAGGAUUAAAUAUUUCUGUUUUCUGAAAAGAGUUAUUUUGUAUUUUGUUUUCUAUUAAAAUGUAUUUAGUUUCAAAAA